CGACCUACAUGUAGCUCUUGUAUAGAGAGACCAUGAAAAACAGAGAUUCCAGCUGAGAUGAACCACAUCUAAAAGGCUAAAGAGGGAAGUGUAAUUCAUAAAACCACCAAGAAGAGGCCUGGAGGAGGUCCACCAUUUACAGCAACAGAAUUUAAAAGCAGAAGUGGAGCAUCCAGACAUGCCCAGAGGCCUCAGCUGCCUGGCGAGCCCUGAAGGGGCAAAUGGCACGUAUGAGACCCCCCCAGCUUCAGAGCUGCACAGGCUGAUGUGGACAAAGAAAGGAACCAGCAACCAUCUGGAUGAGGUUUAUCCCAGGAUUUAUAUUGGAGACAUGUAUGCAGCCAAAGAUAAGAAGACACUCCAAGCUCACCUCAUCACCCAUGUGCUGAAUGCUGCUGAUGGGAAGUUUAAUGUGAACACAGGACCCAGCUUCUACCGAGACACCAAAAUCACUUAUCAUGGAGUGGAAGCUUUCGACAUGCCAUCCUUUGACUUGAGCCCCUUCUUUUACCCAGCAGCUAAUUUCAUCAAGAAUGCUAUGAGCUCACCAACAGGUAAGGUGUUCGUCCACUGUGCAAUGGGGCUGAGCCGCUCAUCCACCUUAGUUCUGGCCUACCUGAUGAUCCACGAGAACAUGACUCUAACGGACGCCAUCAAAGCUGUCAGCGCUAACAGGAAUAUUUCACCCAACGAGGGUUUUCUGGAGCAGCUCAGAAAACUGGAUAAAAAGCUGCACUGCCAAGGAUCAUAAGGAAACUGGAGCGCUAAUGAACAAACUUGAUUCAUUUUCAUUAUAUUGUUGUCUCCUGCCAAUAACAGGGUUUAAAUCCAUUGUUACAAUGAACAUAUAAAUGUAAACGGUAUUGUAGUUGUCUUUCCUUUGCAAGAUAAAGUCCAUUAUUGUGUAACAAAUUCAACUCCAUUCAAAUGAGAACUGACCAAUUAACAUGAAGUGGGAGCUAAAGGGGGUUUUACUUUACGAAAGGUUGUUUUAUAGUUAUAAAGCAUGCAGGAAAACAAACCGUGAGCAGAGGCACAAUCUAAAUUACAAAUCCAGCUAGGGAAGAAAGAAAGAAAAUAGAAGUAGAAAACAACAAAGCAUAUAUACUGAAGGGCUCAUUAGU